UUUUUUUUUUUUUUUUUUGUUUGCUUAAAAUAUGAUAUCCGUUAUACGAUCACCUAAUACAAAUCAAAAAUUCUUAUUAUUGGAUGCACCUACACGGGACACUCUACCUACUUAUAUUGACGUGUUUAAAAAAGAGAAUGUGUCUGACUUAAUACGAAUCUGCCAUCGACCCUCGGCCAUCCAGAAUAAUGAAUAUGAUGCGGAAGAAUUAGAAAAGAGCACAGGAAUUAAAGUGUCCGAUGCCAUCAAGUUUGAAGAUGGAGGAGUUCCAAGUAAUGAGGCGAUUGAAAGCUGGUUAAACCUGGCUGAGAAAGCUAAAGAAAAUGAGACCACUAUCGGCGUUCAUUGUAUCGCAGGUAUUGGUAGAGCACCGGUUUUAAUAGCGAUUUCUUUAAUUGAAGGCGGAAUGGAUCCUUUGGAUGCCAUUGCGUAUAUUCGAAAAUACAGGAGAGGCGCAUUAAAUAAAAACCAGGUUCGGUUUAUAGAUAAAUACAAAUCGAAGAAAAAGUCUAAAAAGGGAAUAUUGAGCUGGUGGUCUUAAGACGGAGUUUUUUUUUAACUUUUUUUUUUUUUUUUUAUAAAACACAAACUUACCAUUGUAAAACUUUUUCUCUCUCUCUUUUUUACUUUCUUG